AUGGGUCCCCUGGUAUUCCUUUUAAUGCUCUUGAAAAGCCUCACCCAGUACCCACAGCCCGUGGCUGAGGGAUUGGAUGAGGAAACACGUCUGCGCAUGGAAGUGCGUGAAAAACACCUGGAAUGGGAGAGGCUUCAGCUGGAGCAGGAGGUGGAGCAGCAUAGCCAAAAGCAGGUGCAGCUCUUGCAGCUCUUAGCUGUUGCUGUGCUUCUGGUCUACAUCGUGGUCCUGGGGUUUAUUGGGUGGCAAAGCUUCCUGAGGAGAGAGGAGGAUGAAGAAGAAAACCGUGGUGCAAAUGAAGAGGAAGCGGGCAAUGUUGCUGCAAAUGAAGAAGACAAUGUUGGAAAUGAAGCUGUCAAUGAGGCUGAAAUUGCAGCAAACAAUGCUGUUGCAAUUGCAGUCCAAGAAGAAGAUGAUUUUGACGAUCGUGUUGGACGAGUUAUAAUGCAACGCAUCCAGUGGCCUGUACAGGACCUGCAGAGAGGCUGUCAGUGGACAAUGAACCUGAUGGACAAUUACAGCCUUUACUUUUGCCACGUCUUGUCAAACAGUUUCUACCCAGUGCUGCAACGAGCCAUCGGGGUGGGCAGUGCCUUUGAAGGCUGGAGUCCACGUGAGCAGGAUGUGGUGUACCGCAUGCUCAUCCCCAUGACUCCUCCCCGAGGCCACAGCUUCCACCUGGAGCUGGACAGUGCAGGGCAGAGGCACGUGAGGAACUUCCGUGUCCGCGUGCAGCUGGAGUGCACCUGCACCAGGGAGCAGCAGGCUGAGAACAUGCUGUGCUUCCUGCACCACCCCGAGGAGGAGCUGAGGAGGAAUCAGGGUCUCAGCCUCCUGCACACCCUGUGCACCGGCUCCUACCUGGACGUGCAGAAAACUGCUCGCUGGUUCUACCAGCUGGUGAGAGCAAUCUGGCCAGCUUUGCCUCAGUCACACAACUGGCACUUAGUGCUGCUUCCCUCCACACGUUCCUGCCAAUUCAAGGUGACCAACGGCAGGGAAAGCUUCAGGAUUGAGAUGCUCUUUGGGGUGCGGAGAGAUGACUCAGCCGUCUUUGUCAGCAGCCAGACCAGAGAGGCCCACACAGCAAACACAAUCUGGCCUGAGUCUUACGCUGUGGCAGAGGUUGAGUUCUUCAAGCACAUUGCCAGGCAGGCCCCUCCUGACAGCUUGCACCUCAAAUGCCUGCAGUUCUUCACCCGACUUCCGCUGGGCUUCGGCUUUUCCACCUACACCAUGAAGACCAUCGUCAUGCACCUGCUCAAUGUCAUGCCCGUCUCAUUGUGGCGCAGGAGAGAUCUCCUGGAACGACUGCAGGAUAUCAUCGACAGCCUGCGCUUAUGUGUGCAAGCAAAACGCCUCAACCACUUCAUUGUGGGCAACCAGAGGCUCCCUCAGGACAUCCAUUUACCUGCAGAUGUUCAAACGGGUGGGACAUACAAUCUCCUCCUUCGCCUGGCGCAGGAGCCGGAUGCCCACGCCCAGGCCAUACAUGAGUACCAGGUCCUGAAAAAGUGGUACAAAAGAAUCCUUCUUGCUGAAGAUUGA